AUCGCUACUGCAUUUUUGGCGGUGGUGCAAGCCAGGCCUGGAUUGAUUUUCACCCAACCCUUGCAGCCUAUUGGCGUUGAAUACGCCCAUGAUUCAAUACCAGCAAUUAGAGCCCAUCCAGCAGUGGAACUUAAUGCAGCUAGUGAAGCUUUACUACCACGCGAUUUGUUGAAAUCCAGCGAUUUCUACGAUAACCCAUUAAUCGCUUCUGGUCUGGCGAAGGAGUCGUGGUUCACCAAUAAAGAAAUGCAAGUCGUGGAAAGAGAGGCCGAGAAAAUUCCACGGCAGAAAAUUUAUAAUAUCGUCAAGAGUGCCGGUUUCUUAGAUAGCCAUUAAUAUAUUAAUAUUAUUUAGUUUAAUUACUUUCAUAAACGA